CAGAUAAGACACUGGCAAGCAGUGAAGCCCAAAGGGCCUCACACCGUGGGGCCGAAGCCAAAGGGCCUCACACCGUGGGGCUGAAGAUUCCUUGUGCCUCACACCGUGAGGUUGAAGAUGUAACAUUCCUUCACUUUCUGUUCUUGGUCAUAAAUAAGAAAAAAUUUCCCAAAAAAGUACAUUAGGCACUAUAUUAUAUGCAUCAGUAUAUUGCAAAUAAACGGCAUGGAAAAUUAGAAACUAAUUAUUAAACAAUUUGGCCUACUUGACAAUGGAAGACAACUUAUUGAAUAUGCCUGACAAGCAUUACAAUACAAUAAUCAUAGCAGGUCCUUCUAUUUUGUUUUCUCUUGAAGUUUCUUGGGAAAGUUUUUAAUAUGAAGCUAUUUGAGUUAAGGAAUUUCUAGGUAGAAAAAGUUCUGAUAGCUGAACUGCAGCUGGUCUCCAGCUGAAGGUCAUGUGAAUAGAAUAGUCCUUUGAUGCUUAGGCUUUAGCUGAUAGGGAUGCACUGGCGGUUAUUCACUGUUUUAAAUAAUUGUCUGAAUGAAAAAAUAAGUAGCUUUAAUGUUAGGUUUGGUUUAUUAUCUGUUAACCUUGAAAGCUGCCGUCUAGCUGAGACCUGUAGGGGCCAGUAGUCUAUGGGAAACAUAAUAUACUAAUUGUUUAUGCUUUACACAUGAUAAUGUAUUUUCUUAUUAUUAUUACUAAUAAUGAAUAAAUAAAGACCUGCUGAGUCUCUCGGCAGAGGAUACUAGCACCUCACCAAGUGUCAGUGUCUCCUCAUUCUACUUCAUCCCCUUCCCCUCAGCCCUUAAGUUUUCAGUUCUUUCGUUUUCGCCUAGGCCGUCUCAUCCUUUCAGGAACCCCUGACAAGACGUUUUGCUGGAGGCUGGUCCCCGGCAAGUGGCGCCCGGAGCAGGGACUUGAAAGGUAAGAUUUCUUUCCCGUGCGGGGAUGGCUAGGAUCUGCUCCAUAGGGUAGGGCGCAUACCCGCCUGUAGAGAAAGCAGGUUUGAGGGGAGCAGUAAGUCAGAACCGUAAUAAGGCGAGUGAGUGUCUUAUUACGUGAUAAGGCGAGUGAGUGUCUUAUCGUUGAGAAGCAUUGGGCCAUAUUGAGUCUAAGGAAAGAGGACUCUUUAUUGAUCUAAGUAUACUUGUUAAGAGAGGCCUUAAGACCUCUCAUGCGCAAUUGGCUAGUUUCCUAAAUUUUGUUGAGAUGUGUUGUUCUUGAUUUCUAAAAUGACAGAAGAAAAUUAUGGCUGUCUGCAUGCCUAAAGGACAUCAAAGAGGACUCAACUGACAGCCCCGUAUUAACAAAACAGUAUUAGAGAAAGUGAUCAGGAUUCUUGGGAUAGUGAAAUUGUUUUUCAAAAGCCAAAACUUGAUUCUAGAGCUAGUACUGACCUCUUUGCAGAGGCAUCGGCUCCCAAUUAUGAGACCAUUCCAAAAUCCAGCCCAAAUUUCCAGCCCCGACUUGGCUAAAAUUGUUGAGAUAAAAAUAAAAACUCAAAAACAAGUAAGAGAUAAUGUGUCAUAAUCUUAAAUGAAAGAAAAAAUGCUCCAAUCUUUUCCUGUUAAUUAUUUGGGGAGGAGGCUAGGUUCCCCCUGGUGGAGUUUUGCCGUUGUUUCUUUUAAAAUAAAUAAAUAAAUAAGGCAUUUCUAAAUAAUAGUAUUCAAAGUUCAUUCACAAUUGGUAAAGUGAUAGAAAAUGGUUAAAUAUGACUAUGUAAGAUUAUAUGACUAUAAUAUGACUAAAAGGUUUUUAUUAAAAUAAUAUAAACCCACUGCAAUGGGCUGGUGGGGGCUGCCCUUGAUCUCAACAAGCAGCUGCCUGGACUUUUUCUCCAGUGUUGGGAUCACUGGCAGGUCUCUACUGUCUUCCUGCUGUGGGGGACUAAACUUUUCUAUUGUCCACCUUAAAAAAACUAUUUUGGUUCAUUGUACAAAAAUAGUUCUAUUUCCCUGUGUUUCUCUGAUUUUAAAGUCUAAAUUGUCUUAGGCAAAAACUGUUGAGUUACUUUUGACUUGCUAACAAGCUACACAAAAUACUUAUUGGUUGAAUAAAGCUUUUAAAUUUACUUAUUGGACCUGUGAAAAGUUAAGUUUCUUGUUAAAACUAAUUAACCUGGUAAAAUAUAAAGUGGUAAUACAGACAUUUUUGAGCAAAAUUCUAAACCUCAGUAUCUUCACACAUAUUGGUAAAAUAACUAUGUCUUAAAUAUAUACACAUGGCCAAAAUUUUAAAUGUAUAUCAAGAAAUCUCUGUGUCUGUUUGUGUCUGCUUUUGUGUUUUUGUUUUGUUUUGUUUUUUACCUCCGGAGGACUAAUCAUAAACGGCGCCUAUAUAAGUUCUCAUAAAAACAAAUUUUAAGAUCAUGAGCAAAAAUUUUUGAUAUACAAGAACUAGUUCAAGUUUUAUCAUAAAAUUCAAAGCAUAUAUGCAUUAAAGUUAUGUUAAAUAUUAACAAUUUACUGUUUAAAUGUAUCUUUAAAGUGUUUUUCUUUUCUUGACUAAAAAAGUGUGUGUGUGUGUGUAUAUAUAUAUAUACUUACAUAUGUAAAUUUUUUGUCAUAUUAACAUUAUCAAGUGAAACUAAGCUAUACUGUUUUUAAGUCAAUUUUAAAAAACUGCAAUGUUUAAAGUAGUAUUUUGGGGUGACAAACACACAAAGCACCUCCUUGUGUUCUGGAUUACUAAAAAGAAACCACUAUCAUGAUUUGUUAAAAGUUUUAGUAAUGUCUAUUUUAAAAAAAAAAAAAAAAGCAAUUAAGGAAUUGUUAGACACCGUGCUGAUGUUACUUGCAUAGCAGGGCAUAAUUAGCCUAACACCUGGCCCACAAAAGCCACGCCCUUUACUUUGGUUGGACUGGGAUCAGCACAAAAUGUGGCAAAAAGUUCUCAAAUUUUAAAUAAAAAUAAUGGACAGGUGUCCGGGACUUCUCAACCUUAUGUUAUUCCUUCCCUUUCUAUGACAUUAUGGGGAAGAGCUGUGUUAUCGCAAAUAGAAACAUUAAUUUUCAGCCCUAAUAAUAUAGUUACAUCACAAAUGUUGCAAAUGGGCUUUCACCCUGACCAAGGAUUAAAAAAAAAAAUCUUUAUGGGAGAACAACUCCAAUUGAGCCAGUUCCCAGAAGCGCUAAGGCCGGUAUGGGGUACGGUCAAAAUUUAACCUAGGGGCCAUUGCUCAAGUUGCAGCCGACCCAGUCACCUGGAAAGAUAAUAAACCAGUGUGGGUUGAGCAGUGGCCUCUUACAGAAGAAAAAAAUACAGGUUGUAACAAACCUAAUACAGGAUCAAUUAAUACAGAUCAAUUAAUUUUAGGACCAUGAAAUACCCCAAUUUUUAUUGUUAAAAAAAAUCAGGAAAAUGGAGACUGUUACAGGAUUUAAGAGCAAUAAAUGUUACUAUGCAAGAUAUGGAAUGCUUGCAACCAGGCUUGCCAUCACCUGUGGCCAUCCCUAAAGAUGAACAUGUUAUUGUUAUUGAUUUGCAAGAUUGCUUUUUUACCAUCCCUUUACAUCCCCAAGACUGUAAAAGAUUUGCAUUUAGUGUCCCAUCAGUAAAUUUUAAAAGGCUGUUUCAAUAGGAUGAAUAGAAAGUUCUCCCUCAGGGCAUGAAAAACAGUCCGACUUGAUGUCAAAAAUUUGUGGAUAUGGUUUUGUCAUCCUUUAGGGAUGAGUACCCUUCCAUUUACUGUGUUCAUUACAGUAAAGGGAAUGUCAACAAUUAAUAGACAUUGGGAUCCUGACCAACUGGACUCUAAACCUCAAGCUAUGUGGAAAAAUCUCAUUUCUGGAACAUGGAAAGGCCCUAAUGUGUUAUUAACAAAUGGGAGAGGCUAUGCUUAUAUCUUUCCACAGAAUUCAAAUGGCCCAAUUUGGAUUCCUGACAGACUGAUCCGACACCAUGUUUCAAAAGCCUUCACCGACACAUCGCCCCAAGAUGCAUAGGUGCAGCCCUCUGGGACCCUAUCCACCUCCUCCAAGAUGCCAUUGCUCCAGAUCCCCUGCUGGAAGAUCAUCAUCUUCCCUGCACCACCUUCGGGGAUGCAUGAAUUCUCCUCCUAUGUGUUUUACAUCUAAUCUUGACUAUAUAAAGUCUCAACUACCUGGCUGCCUACCUAUUAAUGACAAGUAUUUUUAAACAGGAUCUCCAAAAGCCUUCCUCCUCCAGACCUAACCGUGAUUUAUGGGUACUGCUUUUAUCUCUCCUUGGUCCUCGCAGCACUAAUGAAAACAUAGCUCGAGUUUCAGUGUCCUCCACUCUCCCAGCCUGUUCAAUUUACAACUCAGAUGACUCCCGGAAUACUAUUGACGGAGAUCAUGGAUUUCCCACUUGGCAUACUUGUACGUUUCCCUCUGCAGGACUUCGCUACCAGCCUUACCAGACUAAUCUUUCUGUUUAUGAUUUUUCAGUGCUUGGAGCAGGUACAUCCGCCACUAAUGUCCCCAAGGACUAUAGGUUUCUCCUGCAGGACGCUCUCAUCUACAACCGGUCGAAUCACUUCAUUCCACCUCUGGAACCUGUCACCCGGUGGUAUUCAGCGGGAUGGAUUACUCCCGCCUACAUUGUCAACACUUCAAAUGGUUCCCGUGCAUACCCGGACUUGUUUCACCUCCUUGCCGCCACUUCACCUGUGCGUUUUCGCCGACCUGGACAUUCUGUUAAUGCUUCCACCGUAGGGGCUUGUGUGGGACCCCCUUAUACCCUCCUUGUUGAGGGCCCCAGACUAUUAACCAUUACUUAUCAUCACCAUGUUUUUCAUGUUAAUUGUACUGACUGCAUUCUCACCAACUGUAUUACCUCUGUUGGCUCAUUGUCUAAAGCUACUUUUGUUAUCUUACAUCAACCUCCUUAUGUCAUGCUCCCUGUAAGCUUACAACAGCCGUGGUAUGAUGACAUUGGACUGUAUACUCUUCAGCUUGUGGGACAGGGACUGCGUCGCUCCAAAAGGUUUGUAGCGGCACUUAUACUGGGUAUUACGGCACUUAUUGCUAUUAUUAGUUCUGUUGCUGUUUCUACUACUACUCUCGUGCAACAAGUUCACACUGCCUCCCAUGUUAAUGAUUUGUCUCGUAACAUCACACACGCUUUGAUUAUCCAAGACCACAUUGAUAAUAAGUUUGAAGCUCGUUUAAAUGUUCUUGAGGAAUCACUUUUACAUAUUGGCAAUCAAAUUCAACACAUAAAAACGCAUUUGACUACCAAAUGUCAUUCUGAUUACAAAUGAAUUUGUGUCACUUCACAUGUUUAUAACUCUUCUUCUGUUUCUUAAAAUAAUGUCAAAAAUCAUUUACUGGGUGUUUGAAAUAAUACAAACAUUUCCCUGGACCUUACUGCUCUGCAGAAAAAUAUUAAGGCAAUUAGUUUAGCUCAUGCCCCCUCCUCCACACCUGCAGAAGUUGCUGCUUCCUUCCUGGCUUCCUUGCAACAUUAUACCACUAAGGCCGCCUGGUUCCCAUCAUUUAUUACUUUAGGUGUUGUUUUGCUUGUCACCAUAAUUAUAUUGAUACUCUUCCCAUUGUUUAUUAAAUUGCUUUUCCGUGCUAUCAAUCAGACACGUGUUGAGUUGCAAACUAUGCAAAUGAUGGCCAAAAACAAAAAAGGGGGAGGUGCUGCAGGAGGCCUUGAUGCCCCAGCCAGAUAAGACACUGGCAAGCAGUGAAGCCCAAAGGGCCUCACACCGUGGGGCCGAAGCCAAAGGGCCUCACACCGUGGGGCUGAAGAUUCCUUGUGCCUCACACCGUGAGGUUGAAGAUGUAACAUUCCUUCACUUUCUGUUCUUGGUCAUAAAUAAGAAAAAAUUUCCCAAAAAAGUACAUUAGGCACUAUAUUAUAUGCAUCAGUAUAUUGCAAAUAAACGGCAUGGAAAAUUAGAAACUAAUUAUUAAACAAUUUGGCCUACUUGACAAUGGAAGACAACUUAUUGAAUAUGCCUGACAAGCAUUACAAUACAAUAAUCAUAGCAGGUCCUUCUAUUUUGUUUUCUCUUGAAGUUUCUUGGGAAAGUUUUUAAUAUGAAGCUAUUUGAGUUAAGGAAUUUCUAGGUAGAAAAAGUUCUGAUAGCUGAACUGCAGCUGGUCUCCAGCUGAAGGUCAUGUGAAUAGAAUAGUCCUUUGAUGCUUAGGCUUUAGCUGAUAGGGAUGCACUGGCGGUUAUUCACUGUUUUAAAUAAUUGUCUGAAUGAAAAAAUAAGUAGCUUUAAUGUUAGGUUUGGUUUAUUAUCUGUUAACCUUGAAAGCUGCCGUCUAGCUGAGACCUGUAGGGGCCAGUAGUCUAUGGGAAACAUAAUAUACUAAUUGUUUAUGCUUUACACAUGAUAAUGUAUUUUCUUAUUAUUAUUACUAAUAAUGAAUAAAUAAAGACCUGCUGAGUCUCUCGGCAGAAGAUACUAGCACCUCACCAAGUGUCAGUGUCUCCUCAUUCUACCUCAUCCCCUUCCCCUCAGCCCUUAAGUUUUCAGUUCUUUCGUUUUCGCCUAGGCCGUCUCAUCCUUUCAGGAACCCCUGACAAGACGUUUUGCUGGAGGCUGGUCCCCGGCACUCUUUGU